AUGCGGCGAGCAAGCCCCCGGCGGAUCGGCUUCAUAUGCCAUUCUUGCGCUUCACUGCCGGCACAGGCCUCGAGGCAGCCCUUGGCCGGCCGCGUGCUCUCUCUAGCUCCCCGACAGGUUGCCCAAACCUCGGUCUGGAGAUCGACAUCCGCAAGAUGGAGCACGUCUGUUGCAGCCUCGAGGGCAGAUGCGGAUGCGGGAGCAGAUACGGAGGCCAACGGCAGACCUAUAUCGACACCGACGCCGCGGCCGCUGACGGAUGCGUCGCAAUUGGCAAGCAUGGCAGAGGACAGCUGCAACAAGUUCCUCUCGGUCGACGGCAUCCCGGUGAAGCAGCUGACCGCCGCCGCGCUGCAGUCGUGUCUCCGGGCCGCGGCAGCCCUCCACCCCCAGCUGAAGCGGGCGGAAGCGCAGUUCAAGGCCUCGGCGUCGAAGCUGGUGUCCCUGGGAGCCGAGCGGACGGGGGCCAGGAUCCCCGUGGAUCCCAAGCUCGAGGACGCAACCAGCCGCAUCUCCCACGCGGCGUACACCAUCAUCGCGCAUCCGAACGUCGAGAUGACGCCCGAGUUCCUCGAGCUCUACGUUGCCAUCCAGGCGCAGCUCGGCCGCCCAGAGUCUCUGCCCGCCGUCUUUGAGCUCUACGCGAACAAGCCAAAGCCCGUCGUCAAGGACGGCCAGAUUGCGUAUGUGAAGCAGAACCCCAACGCGGCUGCUCGAGCCAUUGAGCCGGCCGUUGCGGAAAUGGCCUUGCAGACUGCGAUUGAUGCCAAGAACCUGGAUUCGGCCCUGGGCAUCAUCGAGUCCUCGUACUGCCGCCCUGCGUUCAAGCGGCAGAAGCUCAUCAAGCACGGCACCGCCCCGGCCAUUGGUCUCGCAACGCUCCCGUUCGGCAUCUUUGGCUUAUCAACAGGCUAUGCUGCGUACUGGCAAAACACCAUGGACAUUAGCACUGCCACGGGAAUCGGCGUGGCUGGCAUCUCGGGCUACUUCCUCGUCGUUGGAUCUCUCGGCAUGAUUGCCAAGCUGAGCAACAAGGACCAGAUGAAGCGAGUGACCUGGACGCCCGGAACGCCGCUACGGUACCGGUGGCUGCGGGAGGAAGAAAGAGCGGCGCUGGACAAGGUGGCAUGUGCUUGGGGGUUCAAGGAGCCUUGGAGGCACGGCGAGGAGAUGGGUCCGGAGUGGGAAGGGCUGAAGGAGUAUAUGGGAUACAGGCAGAUGCUGCUUGACCGAGUGGAGUUUAUGGAGGGCAUGAGCUAA